CAACGUCUUAUCUAGCCGGCCCGUAAACCUGUCCGCACAGUCCUGUUUCUCGAAGAAUCAGUUUAGCACGAGAUGGAUCCCGUCAGAUACUCCGUUGGCAUACCCGGUUUGAUACAGGCAUGCGCCCAUGCCUACAGAGUGGUGUCGACAAUACUAUCGUCAGAUCAGGAUGAGUUUAACUUGGAGCUGCGAUGCCGCAUCGAAGAAUCUCGGUUCAGGCUUUGCGGUCGAUAUUGGGGAGUCUCUGAUGGAUCUGGAGACCCACACCAUUCAAGCGAACCUCAAAAGAAGCGCACGGAACUGCAAGAGUUACUGGACCUUCCAGGGAUGGAAAGUUUGGUUAGAGACACUCUAACUAGGGUUCAUCAGCUGCUGCAAGCAUGUGAAGGGUAUUUGAAACGAUUUGGCUCGGUCAAUGAGCUAGGACAUGGUGGAAGCCACGAAUCACUUUCCUCGACAGACAGCCUUGCCCCUCGCAUUCCGUCCAGACCCCCAUCGAGAAAUGCAGUCAAAAUGAGGCUGUAUUGGACACAUGAAGACAAGGCCAGCUUCACAGGCAUGUUGCGGUCUUUGGCUGGACUAAACGAUGGGCUUGAGAGACUAUUGCCACGGCGCGUGAAGACAUCCCUAGAGAGUGCUCUGAUUGGAGAGAUACUGGCGGAGAAGACUCUUGUCUCUAUGAAGACCCAAAGAAAUGCAUUGGUCGAUGCAUUGUCCUUUAGGGCUAUGAAGAGAGAUACUCAUGGGGAAAGCACAGGCACUGUUCCCGAUGAAGACUGGAAAUCAGGAGGCACCUACAGACUGUCAGAGGCCGCGUUCACAAAGCUAUCCAAGACUAAAGUUGGGCGGACCAUGGAACAGUACAUACCACCUGCGGAUUCCCCCAUCGACGAAGCUCGCGGUAGUAGCGAGCAAAGAGGAUCAAAUGAUGUCCAGCAAGAAAAGCAGCUUGAGCAACGAGUCUUCAUAGAAUGGAGAAAGGCAAAAAAGGCCAACGACGAGGAGUAUUCUCCCACAGUUCGCGAGAAUCGAAAAGAAGCAGGCAGGGUAUUCCCACAUGCUGGCGGAGAGCCCGCACCCUGUACACUGCCAUGCCUAGGCUACGUAGCAAUCGACACCCACGCGGAACAUGAUAUAUUUGGCCUAGUUUACCGCAUGCCGGAAGCCUGCAUCCGGAAGCCAAUCUCUCUUGCAGAGCUCCUCCAACGGGACUUUGAGUGUUCGGCGACCGCACCCAACUUGGAGACCAGACUGGGACUCGCUCGCAAACUGGCAAUGGCGUUGUAUGAGCUGAAAUGUGUCGGCAAGUCUCAUGGGCAGAUAUCGUCCCACAAUAUUGUCUACUGCCCCCCAACCUCAUCAGGCAGCUCGCCCGGCACCCAUGUUCACCUGCAACAGCCGUACAUUACCGGAUGGCAGCCAUGGCAGCAAGGCAAUACAGGAUCCGAGAGUCCGACGGUUGGAUUCCAAGAGAUUGGAGUCAGUGAGCAAGAACGCUACUUUGUGCAUCCGAAGCGUCCAAGGACCAGAUUCAAGCAUCUGUACGACAUAUACUCGCUCGGUAUCGUGCUCGCCGAGAUAGCCUUUUGGGAACCAAUCUCGGCUCUGCGUGAUCCUUCCGAGGAUGCUCUAAAGCUGGUGCAUGACUCUCUGAUGAGUUGGAGGCACAGGAUAUACGCCACAGCAGAGAGAGAACUCGGAGCGGAUGUUGGCACGGCUUACCGGGAUGCAGUGCUGUGGUGUUUGAGGGGAUUGGAAGUAACUCAGAUUAACGAUCUUAUCUCCAAUCGGGUAAGCAAAGAGGACUUUGACAGAGAAAUUGGAAUCGAGAAGGCUUUCUUUUGGAACGUUGUACAGCGGUUGGAUUCGGCGAGCCGGAUUGUGUGAGCGCAGGUUUCUCAGAGAGGUGCGGUAAUAUCGGUAUGACAUUUGUAUGUUUUAUUUCUACGACGACACGACUGCGGUAUUCGGAAGAAAGUUGGGGAUAAUAAGGCGUAGAUUUCGUAAAACAGUCAGGUUUAUGGCUUUAUAAUGCCCGGUAAUCGUUGAGUGUAUGUCGCGGCAAUCCACCUACCAUCUUUAUCAGUGG